AUGGCAGAACAACAGCAACGUCCAAAUGCCGACUAUGACCUUAACACGCCCAUUCCUGAUGAUGCAGCUGGCCUCCGUCAAGGCCUGACAUCAUACGGCGACGCCCACUUCUCGCUCUUCCUCCGCAAGGUCUUCAUAAAAGCCCUCGGCUAUAGCGAAGAUGCCUUGUCGCGACCUAUCAUCGGCAUUGUCAACACGUAUUCGAGCUUCAACCCAUGCCAUGCAAAUAUUCCCCAGUUGAUAGAGGCUACGAAAAGAGGUAUACAGUUGAGCGGCGGUCUUGCUAUAGAUUUUCCGACCAUCAGUUUGCAUGAGAGCUUUGCGAGUCCCACGAGUAUGUUCUUGAGGAAUUUGAUGAGUAUGGAUACCGAGGAGAUGGUCAGGGCGCAGCCGUGUGAUGCAGUGGUCUUGAUUGGGGGAUGCGAUAAAACGACUCCGGCGCAGUUGAUGGGUGGCAUCUCAGCGAACAAGCCGAUUGUGCAUCUAGUCACCGGCCCGAUGAUGCCGGGCAGCCACCGCGGCGUUCGAAUAGGUGCUUGCACAGACUGUAGAAAUAAUUGGGCCAAGUUUCGGGCUGGUACGAUUGACGUCGAAGACAUUUCGGCUGUUAACGAAGAAUUGGCACCCACAGCUGGUACGUGCGGCGUCAUGGGCACAGCGAGCACAAUGGCUUGCGUUCUCGUGGCCUUAGGAAUGAUGCCAAUGAAAGGCGCAACAGCGCCAGCUGUCUCCUCGGCCCGGUUGAGGAUCGCUGAAGAGACCGGAAAACUCGCGGUUCAAGCGGCUGCGACCAAAUUGACGCCGCAGCAAGUUCUCUCUCGAGAGUCAUUCCUCAAUGCGAUUACGGUUCUCCAAGCAAUUGGGGGUUCUACGAAUGCUGUCGUUCACCUAAUGGCCAUCAUCGGAAGACAUCCAGAGGUCGCAGGAACCAUCGAUCUCGAGACUUUCGACGAGAUUGGCCGGAAGACACCUCUGUUGGUCGAUCUGAAACCGAGUGGAGAGAACUACAUGACAGACUUCCAUAAUAGUGGCGGCAUGCUAGCUUUGUUGCACGCGCUCAAGCCUCUCUUGCACCUUAAUGCCAGGACCGUGUCGGGGAAGACACUCGGCGAAGAGAUCGCGUCCACAGCGUAUAUCCCUGUGCCCCGCAACAGCCCAGUGAAUUGUCUCCAUCCACUGGACAAGCCACUAUACGCUUCCUCAUCUCUCGUCGUGCUGCAAGGUAAUUUGGCACCCGGUGGCGCAGUAAUGAAAGCUAGUGCUUCGAAGGAUCGAAGAUUAUUGAGCCACCAAGGAAGGGCUGUCGUAUUCGCGAAUUCUGCAGAUCUUGCGCAACGAAUCGACGACCCGGAGUUGGAUGUUGAUGCUAACAGCGUCUUGGUGUUGCAAAACAUUGGUCCUGUCGGAAACCCAGGGAUGCCCGAGGCUGGACUGAUACCUAUCCCACGGAAGCUUGGGGAACAAGGAGUGCAAGACAUGCUGCGGAUUUCAGAUGGUAGAAUGAGUGGUACAGCUGGUGGAACGAUCGUUUUGCACGUCUCGCCAGAGUCUGCAGAUCCGGAGUCUGUUCUUGGCAUCGUGCGAAAUGGCGAUGAGAUUGUAUGCGACGUCGAAAAGAGACUAUUACAACUCAAUGUCCCAGAAGAGGAAAUCAAGCGGAGGAUCGAAUUGAGGAAGACGAUAUUCAAAGCGAUCGGUAAGGCGGCGCAAAAGCACACGAGAGGCUAUCGCGGGUUGUAUAUGCGAUCAGUCAACCAGGCGAACCGAGGAGCGGAUUUCGAUUUUUUGACGGCUGCGGGACCUUAG